AUGAUGCCGAAAAUUGAUUUUAAUUUAUAUAUUACAUUUAAUUCUUGUAAUAAGAAUAUGAAGAACAGAAGCUUAGCUGGUAAUUGUGGCAUUGCAGUAUUUGUAAUUGCCCUUGUGACAGUGGCAUUGGCAUUUGGUACGCCUAGUUGGAUUGUUAGUGAUUCAAGAAUAAGAGGCAACCAAUUGGACAGGUUAGGACUGUGGAGCCAUUGCUUUAGAUCCCUACCUGAUCCUUUAGAUCAAUAUCAAAGACGUUUUUUUGUAGGCUGCCGAUGGGUUUAUGACCCUUUUACUACUGGUUAUGACAGAAUUCGUGGAUAUUUACUUCCUGGUUUCAUGAUAGCAACCCAGUUCUUUUUCACACUUUGUUUACUCGGAGUACUAAUUUCGGCUAUAUUAGUUCUCGUCUUCUUUUUAUGCUGUGGACCAGAUCAAAGUAGAUUUGUACUAAUAAUAAAGUCUAUAGGAUAUAUCAUGUUAGGUUCUGGAAUAAGUGGAUGUAUUGCUGUUAUAGUGUUUGCUUGUUUCGCCAACACAGAGGGAUGGAUGCCAGGUCAUCCUAAUAAUUACUUUGGAUGGUCAUUUGGCCUCGGCGUUGUAGGGUCAGUAGCGUGCCUUGUAACCGCCUCUCUUUUCUUAACAGAAACAAAUAUUCAAAAUAAGAAGCGCAACAGGUUGAAGGAGUCGCAAGCGCGUUUUGAAAUGGAGCAUGAGUCUAAAGCGUAA